AUGGAGACACAAAUGCAGAAUAUGUUCCUGGUGCAGUACACUUUCUGCAGUAUACAAAAUGCAGAGGAGGAUCGCGUCACCGAAUGCUGUUCGAGGGAGAAGAAGAUGCAAAACAACCAGACUCUUGAACAUGCUGAGCUUAUGAAGCUUGUCGAUCCACCAAGUUCUCGUUAUGCUACGUAUAUUGCCACAAUUGGGACUGCUUUUGUUUUAGGAUUUGUGAAUUUCUCGGCAGCUGCAGCUGGUCAUGGAGUCUGCAGAUCAGUGGUUGAGCCAGAAGGCUAUAGCUGUUCAGAACACAAGGUGACUACAAAAGAUGGUUACAUCCUUGGCAUGCAGAGACUUGCUAGCAAGUCUGGUGGCCGUUCCAGAAAGCCUGUUCUUCUACAACAUGGGCUGUUCAUGGAUGGAAUGACAUGGUUUCUACUACCUCCAGGCCAGAGUCUGGCAUUCCUCUUGGGAGAUAACGGCUAUGAUGUCUGGAUCACCCAUGGCCGUGGGUCCAAGUACAGCCGAGGCCAUGUAUCUUAUGAUCUAGAUGACAGAGCUUAUUGGGAUUGGUCAUGGGAUGAAUUGGCAGCACUGGAUCUUCCUGCCACGGUUGAUUAUAUCUAUAACCAGACAAAACAGAAGAUGCACUAUGUUGGCCACUCCCAGGGAAAUCUGAUAGCUCUUGCAGCUGUUUCAAAAGGCCAUCUUGUCAACAAGUUGACUUCAGUUACUUUGCUUUGUCCCAUUGCUUAUAUGCACCACAUGUCAUCACUCCUCAUGAGAGGAUCUAUUGAUCUCUUCUUCGCCGAGGGAUUUUAUUGGCUGAAAAUUAAGGAAUUUGAUCCAAAUGGGGGUCCUGCUCAGAAGUUUCUUGAAAAAAUGUGCAAGCUGCAAUUUGUGGACUGCAACAACUUGAUGACUGCAUUGUCAGGGAAGAACUGCUGUCUGAAACCUUCUGCAAUGGAUUCUUUCAUGGAAAAUGAGCCUCAACCCACAUCUACAAAGAACUUGCUCCAUCUUUCUCAGAUGGUGAGACGAGGGACAAUAGCAAUGUAUGAUUACGACAAUGAAGAUCAAAAUGUGAAGCGUUAUGGGCAGCCUACUCCUCCAGUGUACGACAUAACCCAAAUUCCUAAGGACUUGCCUCUAUAUCUCACUUAUGGAAGCACAGAUGCCAUUACUUCUGCUAAAGACGUGCAAAUCUUGCUGAGAAGCUUGAAGGAUCACAUGGGAGACAAACUUGUGUCUCAGUUCAUCGACAACUAUGCUCAUGCAGACUAUGUCAUGGCUGAUAAUGCUAGGGAAAAGGUUUAUGAGCCUCUGCUGGGUUUUCUUAAACUGUAUAAUUGAAAGGUGAAGAACUUAAGGUCCUUUUGUUAAGUCUUCCAAUUGGGAGACAAAUUUAUCUUGUGUUGUCAUUACAAUUCUGUUGUAUUUCAUUAAUUGUAACACCAAUAUAAUAAAAGGAAACUUUACUUACCUACGAGACUGAGAUCAAGAUGUUCAUUGUUUUGAUGAGUUUGAAUGAGAGG